GGAGGGAGGGACAGAAAAGGGAAGAGAGAGAGAAGCUGAAAGAGAGGGAGGGAGAAAGAGAAAUAGUAAUUGAGAGGGGGAUAUAGAGUGAGAAGUCAGGCAGAAAUUAAAGCUCAGACACACAGACGCUCCAGAGCUGCAGCUGCAGAAGAGACAGGCACCAGGAAAAGACAGAGAGAAAACAAUAGAUGGAGAGAGGGAACGACAUACCUAGAACAAUAGUGAAGGAAAACGUGAGAAGGAGUGAGAAAGAAAAUGACAGACAGAGAGAGCGAAACAAAGAGAGAGUGAAUAGAGAUAGAAAGAGAGAGUGAAUACUGAUAGACAGAGAGAGAGAGAGAAAGAGAGAGAGAAGGAAAUAGAGGGUUGACUUGGGGGCUUGGCUUGAUACUCGGUCUCUGGGCCUUUCUGAGCAUGCUGGGUUGCCGUGGAGAGGGUUGGGGGCGACUGGAGGUGCUGCUGUCGCUGGCCGCCGAGGCUCAUGGGAGCCGGUGCUGAUGGGAGUCAUGUGUCGUGGCGACAACGGCGCAGGGGUCGUCGUCAUGGUGCAGGUGAUGAGCGGCUGAGGACCAUGGUGGUUCCGCUGAUCCUGAAGUUGCUAGACAUACUGCUACAUACAGAACUGGAACCAGAACCCAACUCAAACCAGGAACCGCUGACCGGCGCGCACACACACGCUCACAUGCCUCAGGAGCCCGGCAACGCAAACAGCCGGCACUGGGACAACAGCCCCCAACAGCUCAACACCGAGGGGAGAGAGGUGCUGUCGCUAGGUGCCGACGUGCUCCCAGAGUACAAACUCCAGGCCCCCCGCAUCCACAACUGGACGGUGCUCCACUACAGCCCCUUCAAGGCCGUCUGGGAUUGGCUGAUCCUGCUGCUCGUUAUCUACACGGCCAUCGUCACGCCCUACUCGGCCGCAUUCCUUCUCAGCGACACGGAGGAACAGAAGAUCCAGUCAUGCGGCUACUCCUGCAGCCCCCUCAACGUGGUGGACCUCAUCGUGGACAUCAUGUUCAUCGUCGACAUCGUCAUCAACUUCCGCACCACCUACGUCAACGUAAACGACGAGGUGGUCAGCCACCCGUCCAAGAUCGCCGUGCACUACUUCAAGGGCUGGUUCCUCAUCGACAUGGUGGCUGCCAUCCCUUUCGACCUGCUUAUCUACCGCAGCGGAGAGGAGACAACCACCCUGAUUGGCCUGCUGAAGACGGCCCGUCUGCUGAGAUUGGUCCGUGUGGCGCGUAAGCUGGACCGCUACUCGGAGUACGGAGCGGCGGUCCUCUUCCUGCUCAUGUGCACGUUCGCGCUGAUCGCCCACUGGCUGGCCUGCAUCUGGUACGCCAUCGGCAGCGUGGAGCGCAGCGGCUCCAUCGGAUGGCUGUACACGCUCGGCGACCAGCUGGGCAAGCACUACAACACCUCCAUCCCCGGCUCGGGCCCCUCCAUCAAGGACAAGUACGUGACGGCGCUCUACUUCACCUUCAGCAGCCUCACCAGCGUGGGCUUCGGCAACGUCUCGCCCAACACCAACUCCGAGAAGAUCUUCUCCAUCUGCGUCAUGCUCAUCGGCUCUCUGAUGUACGCCAGCAUCUUUGGGAACGUCUCGGCGAUCAUCCAGCGCCUCUACUCGGGCACGGCGCGCUACCACACCCAGAUGCUGAGGGUGCGAGAGUUCAUCCGCUUUCACCAGAUCCCCAACCCACUGAGGCAGAGGCUGGAGGAGUACUUCCAGCAUGCCUGGUCCUACACCAACGGCAUCGACAUGAACGCAGUUCUAAAAGGGUUCCCAGAGUGUCUGCAGGCUGACAUCUGUCUGCACCUGAACCGGACCCUGCUGCAGAACUGCAAGGCCUUCACAGGUUCCACCAAGGGCUGCCUGCGUGCACUGGCCAUGAAGUUUAAGACGACGCAUGCGCCGCCUGGGGACACGCUCGUGCACGCAGGGGACGUGCUCACCGCCAUCUACUUCAUCUCACGCGGCUCCAUUGAGAUACUGCGCGGAGACGUGGUGGUAGCCAUCUUAGGGAAGAACGACAUAUUUGGGGAACCCAUUAACCUGUACGCACGUCCAGGCAAGUCUAAUGCGGACGUUAGGGCACUGACCUACUGUGACCUGCACAAGAUCCAGAGGGAGGACGUCCUUGAGGUGCUGGACAUGUACCCCGAGUUCUCCGACCACUUCUGGAGCAACCUAGAGAUUACCUUCAACCUGAGAGACACCAACAUGAUCCCUGGAUCUCCCAGUAGUGAGGAAUCUGACUGUGACGGCUUCAACCGCCUGCGCAGACGCAAACUGUCAUUCCGCAGACGCACUGAGAAAGAUGACGCUGAUGCGGGAGAGAUCAAGAGAGCCCAAAAGCCUAUUCGGAGAAACAGGAAGAAGGCAGACAGCAACCAAGGGGAGGGGCUUAAUCCUGACUGGGAUGGGCACCGGAGUUCUGUCUCCUCCCACUCCAGUGGAGAUGAGGGGGAGGAGUCUCUCCACAAAGGGCCAGAACCUCCUAUCUCCUUACUGGAGCUCUCCCAGCCUCAGGCCACACCCAACAAUUAUGACAUGGCCGAGAUGGACGGAGACCCGAAAAAAGGAAACACCUGCAAUGCACUCUCAGGUGCGUUCUCAGGUGUGUCGAACAUCUUCAGUUUCUGGGGGGACAGUCGGGGGUCGCGUCAGUACCAGGAGGUGCCCCGCAGCAGCCUGCCGUCCCCCCCACCCCUCAACACCCCCCUGCACAGCAUCAACCGCAGGCAGCGCUCGGAGCUGGAGAACCGCCUGGACCUCCUGCAGAAGCAGCUCAACAGGUUAGAGACGCGCAUGUCGACAGACAUUGGGGCGAUCAUGCAGCUCCUGCAGAGGCAGAUGGCCCUGGUGCCCCCGGCCUACAGCACCGUCUCCUCCCCCCCUCAGGCAUCUAGCUUCCCCGGCCCCACAGAUAGACUCAUCCAGUCUGUCACGCCCCUCGAGUCAGAGACACUAGCAUCUCUAUCACAGAUCUUGAACCCGCAGGACUUUGAGGAGUUCCCCGCUGCCAAGUCCAGUGAGUCUCUGAGGAGCACAGCUGAGUUCCAGCAGUGCAGCAGCACCCCGCUGCUCACCCCCACGGAGCCUCCUCCCACGCGGGGCUCGGCCGGGCUCACCCUGCCCCUGUCCCUGCCCCUGCCCCUGUCCCUGCCCCUGUCCCUGCCCCUGCCCCUGCCCCUGCCCCUAGAUCUGGAUCUGGGGGCGCCCUUGCUGGACCCUGAGACCCAGAGGAGGCUGUCCCUGCCCGAGCCCCAAACCCCCCUGGACUCACGGACUCCGCAGAGGCACAGCUCCGACCCAGGGAGCUAGGGAGGGAGGGAACGAGGGAGGAGAGAGGAGAGGAAAGCAGAGGAGGGAGGUGUAAAGGGAGGAGCUUAUUAAAUGAGGAUUGUGUCUCUACCUCUCUCUCAACAUUUCUCUCUUGUUUUCACUUUCUCUCUCUCCCUUCCUCUAUCUCUCUCUCUCUCUCUCUCUCUCUCUCUCUCUCUCUCUCUCUCUCUCUUUGUGUGUCUUCUGUUUCUCUUUCUCCUCAUGGGCCUCGCCCCCGGACGCUUUGUAAUUGAAAAAGUGUAGUUGAAUAGGAUGUGGAGACAGACACACGGGCCUCCCAUGUCAAGAGACAGUGGACAGUCUCACUGGACACUCCAUAGUGGACACUCCACAGUGGACACUCCAAUGUGUCAGAAACGGUGGACUGCUUCUGUAGUGUCUAGGCUACCGGUCUGUCUCUGUACCACAUUUUUAGGCACCGCUGGAGAAGAGCAUGAUGGGAAGAAUGGAGAACGAAGGAGAGAGAAGGCUCCACCACCCAUACCUCUCUGUGAGCCAGACAGAGAAAAGAGAGAGAGAGGGAGAGAGAAAGGAGGAGAGAGAAAAGGAGAGACGGGUUUCCACGCACAGAACUUAUUCUCUCUUCAAACGUCCCUUUACUGCUGUAUAUCCAGUAUUGGAUUACCACAAGAAAAUAAUGAUAAUAAUAUAAGUAGCCAUUUUUUGUCUUGCACUGAAAUUUUUCAGAUUAUUCUAUAUAGUAACUCUAUAUUAAUGUCCUCAGCGCUUCCGAACCUGGUUGGGACUGUAGUGUUAGCUGGCCUAACAACAACAACAACAACAACAAAUGGUGUCCUGUCCAGUUCUGUUCUGUCUCAUCAUUGGCCCAUUUCUUAAUGUCUUUAAUGUGGAGGCGGAGCUCCAUGCUUCAAGAGCACACUGGAUUGGCUGGUUAGCUCCAGAGAGGGUGGGUCUUCGGAUGUUUGAAAGCCAUGCUGAACAUAUCAAAUUCAUGUGAGUUACCUUGUGUAGAUAGGCAGAGAACAAAGUCAGUGGACAAUAUGCAACACAGAAACUGCUUGUGUUUGAGAUCAAAGGUUUCUUUUGGUUGUGAAAUUGUCAACCUAGCAAUAUUCUGCAGUGAAAAAAAUCACAACUCUGAUUUUCUUUUCCUUUUUUUUUUACAAAGUCUAUCUCUUUUCAAAAUGAUGAAAAGGACAUUUUUAUUUUAUUUGAAAUUAUUCAAAUUCAUUGGAUGAACCCUUCCCCACAGGUCACUGAUCUCAUCUGAGUGUUUCCAGACAAUAUGUUCUGAGUAGUCUAUAGUCUGGCAGCAACAGGCUAAGGGAACACACCAUCAGCAAAUCAAUAAUUUUUAGUACUUAUUCAUUAUUGAUUAUUAUAUGAUUUUAAUAUUUCUGAUUGAUAUCAUAGAUCAG